GUUGUGAAAUCGAAGCAUUCAGCAAACUUGCCAACGGAGAAGAAGACAUCAUCCACAAUGCUAGAUUGCUCUCUUCUUCCAGAUUCUGUCUCAGAACUGCAGUUGUCUCCGUCUCCGUCAGAAAAAAUGGCACCACCUGCAAUGGAAUUGUCACAGCUCCCGGAAGAGUUACUGCAAAUGAUCUCAGAGAAGUUGGAGGACUGUUUUGAUGUGAUACAUGCUCGUUCUGUUUGUGGCCCAUGGAGAUCCAUCUUUCCCUUUCCUUCUUGUCUUCUACGUACAAGUUACUCUCUUCCAUCGUCCACCAAGUUCCCUCGCAGAAGCAGAGGCUCGUGCACCCUUGAGAAGUUCCCAAUGUUCCUCUUUAGAGUCCGGUCUCCUGCUGAUGUGUUGCCUUCUGAGUUUUUUUUGGAAGCAGUAGGCCAAGAUAUGUCAGCGGACCAUAUGAAGCUUCCAAAUCCUAUUCAGUGCUCAGUGAAAGUGAAGAUGGGAGAAUCUGACCCGAUCUUGAUGAACAUCGUCGACUGUCAGAUUCUCCCUUUGGGCUAUCAGUACAGAAUGGUCAAUUACGAUCCUGAUUCAUUGGCAACAAGGUUCGGAGGCGUGGCUUUUCUCCCGCUACGAGGAGGAAAAUUUGUCGUGCUUAUCGGCCACUCUCGUAAUUUGUUGGUGUUCAGAAGUGCUGAAAUGAGGUGGAUGCGCCUUGAGGGAGCCUCAGAAGCUCAAUGCAAGGGUAUAAUCGCUUUUAGAGGCAGGUUUUAUGCAACGUUUCUCAACGGAGACAUCUUCGUUAUCGAUCCUUAUACGCUGAUACCGACUCCACUGAUGCCGUCCCCUCUAACGCCCUCGCAGCCUCAGAGGCCAAGCAAUUAUCUGUUUGCAAUCUGUGAUGAUGAACUGUUUCUGGUUGAAAAGUUCAACCCUUUUCCUGAAGAUGAGAUAAUAGAUCUUUGUCGCUUGGCUCUUAGAGUGAGUGUGUUAGAUGAGAAGGCCGGUGAAUGGGCCGUGGUUACCGAUAUGGGAGACCGUGUCUUCUUUAGUGGACACUAUGGGAAUGUUAGCUGCUCGGGUAAGGAUCUUCCUGAUGGUUGUGGUCUGAGCAAAAACUCGAUUGUGUUUACCAAUUUUGGAGGCGAUGUAACGUACGCCUAUAAGUAUGGAGUGCAUACAGGAAGAGAAGAAGAUGACCUCAGUUUUUGGAGAUUCUUCAGUGAGAACCGCGUGAACUUCCUCAAAACGUAUUCGGUGGUGACUCUCCGGGUUGAACGCGAAGCCGUAGAUACCUGA